GUCCGGGUCGGGCCCGACCCGGCCCAUGAGCUCCGCUGACGAGCUCUUCCUCAACGGCAAGAUCAGGCCGAUGAAGCUCUCCACCCAUCUCGAAAAGCCGCAGAGCCUCGCUCCAUUGCUGGAUCUCAACGACGACGUAGAAGAAGUUGUGGAGCUUUGUUUCGAAGCCGUUCGAGGAAGAGAUCUGAGGCUCCGAGACAAGUCGCUGCGGCGGAGAACUCGGUCCAUGUCGCCUCUGAGAUGCCCGAGCUCUCCAUUCGAAAAUGACGCGAAAAUAGUAUGUGAUAAUGUGGAGCAGAAGAAGAACGACGAUCACGAAGAAGAAGAAGAAGAAGAAGAAGAAGAAGGGAUUAGUAUUAACAACACGCCUUUAGUUUCGGCUUCGUCUUCGCGGUCGUCUUCGGCCGGUAGAAACUCCAAGAGAUGGUUGUUUCUGAAAGAGUUUCUCAGAAGCAAAAGCGAAGGAAGAAGCAACAACAAGUACUUUUGGUCCACCAUGUCGUUUUCUUCCCAAGCCAAAGAGAAGAAGCCCAUGAAUACUACUAAAAACGACAACAAUAACAACACCAAUAAUCCUAGUACUAGUAGUAACGUUAAUGAGGUUUCAUUGGAUGCCCAGAAAGCGAAAAGAAGCGGGCAAUCUUCGGCGAAAAAGGCGGUGAAUGGAGUCGGGAAGAAGAAGACUUAUGAGAUGCACUACACUGCGAAUAGAGCUCAAGCUGAGGAGAUGAGGAAGAAGACUUACUUGCCUUAUAGGCAAGGCUUGCUUGGGUGUUUGGGGUUCAGUUCAAAGGGUUAUGGAGCUGUCAAUGGCCUAGCUAGAGCCUUGAAUCCGGUUUCUUCGAGGUAGAUAUGAUUAUAUGAUAUGAUAUGGUAUAUGAUAUGAUAUGAUCUUCUUGGUUGUAUUUGGAA